AUGAUGGAAGUUACUAAGAUUUUAAGCAUAGCAGGAAGUGAUAGCUGUGGAGGAGCAGGUAUGCAAGCUGAUAUAAAAACAGCAACAAGUUUAGGAUGCCAUUGCUGUACUGUAUUUGUUGUUUUAACUUCUCAGAAUACUAAAGAAGUUAAAUCAAUUAUAGAAAUAGAAGAAAAUUUCAUUAUUGAACAGCUGGAUAGUAUUUUUGAAGAUACUGAAAUUAAUGUUGUUAAAUUAGGAGUUUUGUAUUCUAAAAAGAUUAUAUCAUUAGUUCAUAAUUACAUAAAAAAUAUAAACAGUAAGAGAGAAAGGAAAUUAUUAGUAGUGUUUGAUCCUGUUUUUGUGUCUAGCUCAGGUUGCAAGUUAGCAGAAGAUAUGGAUUAUGUAAAAUUUGCUUUGGACAUGAUUUGCCCUAUAAGUACAAUAAUUACUCCUAAUUUUUAUGAAUGCAAAUUAAUUCUUGAAGUAUUAAACUGCGAUAUUGAUUUUACAAAUAUAAAUUCAAUAGAAUUAUGCAAAUUAUUUGCUGAAAAAUUAAAUAUAAAUGCGUGUUUACUUAAAAGUUGUAAUAUUGAUAAAAACUGUAUUGAAGAAAAUAAAUUAUAUGCAGUUGAUCACUUAUGUAUAAGAAAAAAUAAGAAUGAAAUUGAGGAUAUAAGUAAAAAAGAUAUCAUAAAUAUAAAUAAAAAGGGUAUAUAUAUUUAUGAUAUUUAUAAAUUAAUAACAAAAAGAACACCAGAUGCUGAUAUUCACGGUACAGGUUGUACCUUGUCAACAGCCAUUUCAUGCUUUUUAUCAAAAAAGUACGAUUUACUUUAUUCUUGUAUUGAAUCAAAGAAAUAUAUAUGUAACUGCAUUAAAUAUGCUUACAAUUUUGGAAGUAAAAGUAAAGGAUUAAAUCAUUUAAAAGCUUCACAGGAAUUACUAAAUUUUAAUGACUUUGAAGUAAUCAAAGUUGCUCAAAAUAUAUCAUGA